CUGAUUUGAAGACACACACAAGCUCAUCUCUGAUUUCCUGCAGUGACAGCAGCCCAGACUGCACUAAACUGAACAGCUGCUUCAUCUUGUAGGUGUAGGAGACAGAAGCUCUAGUCCUUCAUCAUUGCUUAUCAGACACUGCACAAAGGACACUGCUGGAUCUGUACACAUGAAGACAGCUAUGGACUUUGUCAGGAUGAUAGUGUUUUAUCUUCUCAACAGACCAUUAACAGCAUCAGAGUUGCUGCCAGAGUCAAGGUUCUCACCCACAAAUCUCGAGUGUGUGUUCUUUGUUUACGCAAAUGUCACCUGCUAUUGGACACCAGGAGUUGAUGCUCAUCCUGAUACAAACUACACCCUAAACGUCAGCCUGCCUGGGUUUAGUCUUUCUCAGUGUAACUCGUCUCAGCCCAACUGCUCUGUUCCUAUUCACUCUCUGCACCGGAACUACUGCAUUCAGGUCUUUGCUCACAGUAAACAGCAUCCGACUACAGUCAGCUCUGAGAUGCUCUGCCUGAGUGGGAUUGAUGCAGUGAAGCUGCCUGAGCCGGUGGGGUUCACAGUAACACCAGAGAAAGACCGACCACAGUGUUUGAGGUUGAGCUGGUCUCCUCCACAAAACUUCCCUUUAAGCGAUAAGACGAUCAACGAAGGCUUUCUCCUCUAUGAGCUGCAGUACAGCACACCAGAGCAGUCAGAGACGCUCAGUGUGAAAGUGGAUCUGAGAGAGGAGGUGCAGUGUGUGUUUUCGCCGUGCACUCAGUACAGUGUGAAGAUGCGCUAUUGCAACAAACACACCCUCGUUCACUGGAGCGCCUGGAGCCCCACUGCUACAAACCGCACUGAGGCCGAGGCACCUGCCUUCAUCCCUCAGCUGUGGAGAACAGUUCAGUCAGCAGGUGUUGCAGGAUUAAGGCUUGUGACAUUGCUCUGGAAGGCGAGGUUGCAGCAGCAGGCAGCGUGUACAGCAGUGUGGUUCAGUGUGCAGUGCAGGGUGGUGGACUCUCAGGCUGAUGUAAGUUCAGGGGACUGUACUGACCUCAGCCUGACCAACAAAUCCUGCCAACUCACUAUCCCUCCAGAACCAUGCACCUGUACACUCACCAUGUCCAACUCUGCAGGCUCCGCCCCUCCAGCCACCAUCACCAUACCCAGCCAAUGGGAAAGUGGUCAGACUUCACUGGUAACAGUUCAAGUGACCCCGCUGGAUGAUCUCACUCUGAAAGUUCAGUGGAAAGCCCUGGAGUCCCCCAACAUUACUGGGUUUAUAGUGGAGUGGUGUAGAACAGCAGACAGCAGCCGAUGCCAAACUGAGCCUUACUGGCAAAGAGUGGACCAGAACACAUUCAAAACCAUUAUCACAGAGGGUCUGAAGGAAAAUAUAAGCUAUUCUGUGAGUGUGAGAGCAGUGCAUGCAAUGGUGUCUGGCCCUGGCAUUAGAGUCCUGACCUACACUGGCCAAACAGCACCCUCUGCUGGUCCACAGCUGUAUGUUGCAGAGCACGGCUGCUCAUAUGUGGUUCUGCGCUGGAGUGCAGUUCCCUUGGAGCUUCGCAAUGGUUUCAUUACCAAAUACACUCUGCUCUACCAGACUGAAGAUAACUCCAUACGAGAGCUGCUGGUUUCUGAGGACUCUGAGCAGUACACACUCCGUGAUGUAUCAGGGCUCCUUAGGUUAUAUAUGAAGGCCCACACUGUUGCAGGACCAGGACCAGCUGGACCCGUGCUCUCUGUGUCCAUAGAGUCAUGCACCUCUGCACUGAAAAUCACACUGAUAAGCUGUGUGCUCCUGCCAGGAUUCUCUGUGCUCUUUUACAUGUGCUGGAAAUUAAUGCAGAGGAUGAAACAGCGUAUCUGGGUUAAAGUUCCGGACCCAACGCAGAGCAGUCUGUAUGACUGGCUUUAUCAAACACAUAUAAAGGAAUCUGCAGGGGCAUAACCAGCCACCAGGGGGCAGGUUCAUCAAGAAAAGAAACCAGACACAGUUUACUGGAUGUAUUUAUCUUAUGAUAAUGAAGAGUCUCUAGGAUGAUUAGAUACAGAAAAUGUCUACUUUCACUUUAUUUUUGUAAUAUAUAAUUCUAUAUAUUUCUAUUUUAUAUUUUCACAGUGUUUAUAAUAGAAAAUAUUUGUUUAAUACAUUAUUGGAAAUAUGUAAGACAUCGUAAGAGAUCAUAAUUGUUAUAAUUGUUAUCUUUGAAAUUAAGCAAUCAAGAUUUUAGCUUUAAUUAAAGGGGUUUUAAAAAUACAAAUAUUGCAUUAACCAUUAUUGAAGGAUUACAGUCAUAAAUUCUCUCCAUAUUUACAUGUUUAAAUAUAAUUAGACCAUUAACUGAUAAUUGAUAAGCAGUUUAAUGACCAGGCAUAGCACGUUCCUUCACUAUUUCAUAACAGCUUAGGGAAAUAUGAGGUCUGAAGCUGAGUGUAAGUGCAGAACUUACAUUUGCUAGCUGUUAACAGGAGCUCUCUAUAUCAGAUACAAAACAGAAGUGAAUGAUGCCAUCAUCUGGCACAUUCCCUCCUACAGUAUAUCUGUCAAAUAGAAGUUUCCUAUAGUAUCUGUCAAAUAGUGCCGGACUGUAAUUGUUCAAAUUCAUUUGAUUAAUUUAAAUUCUUGUUUUAAUGCGAUUUUCAAAACAGGAUAAUCAGACAUUUUUACAUAUAGAACCUGCCAGAGGAUUCUUCAGUACAUAGGUGUGUGCUUCUGUUAGAAACCUGUAAAUAACUCUUAUUUGACAGUGAUUUUCAAAUUUUGAACUUUUCCUUAAAGAAAUAUACAGAAUAUGAGGAGUUUAUUUCUAUACCUUGUUCAAUAUUGAAUCUGCGUGUGAGGCUAAAGGUAGCUACUUACUAUUGUACUAGAAAUAACUAAAUUAAACAAUUGUAUUUAUAUUGGGUUCAUUUUGUAUUGUAUUCAAGUUGUAUUGUGAUUCUUUAGGUUUUGACUUCUUUGACAAUAAGCAAUACUUUGCAUAUUUGAUAGCUCUCUUAAAGGCCUAUUUUGGUGCAGCUACAAAUAAAAAAUGAAUAAACAAAUAUUACUAAUAAAACUAUUAUAGUCUUAUGGUUAGAAUUACCCGAUGUUAGUUUGUCCAACUACUUUUUGGCCUCUGAAAAGGGAGUGAUUGUGUAAAAAUGGCUGUAAUUCCUGGUUAAAGCAGUAUUUUUGUUAAAGCCUUCUAUAUGACAAUCACAUCUUAAGUGGUUUAUUGAGGAGGUUAAAGAGAUGAAAUAGCAUUAUUGUCUCAAAUAUUUGUAAACAUAUGAACCUACUAAGUGUUCUGCGCAGAGGGAAGCUCUUGUCUUUUAAUCUUUAUCUUUGGACUACAGGCCAGACAUCUUCCAGGAAUGGCUGACCUCUUCUUUUUCUGUUCACUUGUGAUUUGUGUACUUGGGUGUUCCUUUGCUGUGCCCAAGUUUUAUAAUGUUUUCGUCCAUUUAAAUCUAUUUUCAUUUCUCUGAGCAGCUUUAUAUAUCUUAUACAUUUCGAAUGAAAAAUUCCCAAACCAAACCCUGCCACACCAAAUGAUUACUUUGUUAAGGUGUGUUACGUUCUGUAUCAUCUUAAUUAAAGACUCUUGUCAGGCUGCUUUUUCU